GAGUAUUGUACUGUUGGGGUGGUAUGGUUUCGUAUGGUUUAUGGUGUUGGCCAUGUCAGAGCCAGAGACAUUGACAUGGCAUGGUUUAUUCGGUGGUCGCCCUUAUCGUGGUUGGAUUCCUGAGGUGUUCAUAUACGUCAUAUUGCCAUUUGUUGUUCUUGUGAACUUAAUCUUCUCCAUUCUGCUCGGCAAUGGAAUAUGUCAACGUCGACCAAGGCAGGUGAAAGUUUACUUCUUUUUCGGGGUGGGAAUCACCGCACUAGCGGCCCUAUUGUCCGUGGUGCUUCUCAGCUGCGACAGCGAUCAGCUGGGCCUGCACAUUUACACGGACCCCGACGCGGUUCUCGAGUUCAGGAUAGCUAAGGGACUCUGGCUGCUGUUCGGAUGUGUUCUUCAUUCGUUGUUCCUCGUGCUGGUCCACCAGACGCUCAAGAAGCUCGAAGAGAGGGAAUCCUUCGACCCCGUCCACCUGCAGGAAUUCAACGCGAAACAAGAGCAUCACGUAUAGACUAGACCAGCCGGGCUAGCACAUGAUUGACGCGACAGUAUCUCCUUAGCCUCCCACUUUAAUUUAUACACAUAGAAAAAGACGGGUAAUAGUCUAUCUCGCGCCGAGAUACUGUCGAGUCAAUCAUGUGCUUGGCCUACAGUACGGAUAUGAUGGUCGUUCUUGUCUACGUGACAGCGUGAUAAAACGGUGCCCGUUACUUUCUAUACCGCGGUGUUUGAAGAGACAGAGUGACAGAGAAAGAUGGCCGCAAUUUGCGAAAAUCGAUUUUUGCGGUUAUACAUAUAGCCCUGGUCCAUCGUUACGAGUGAUAUAGUACUAAAUAUAAGUUAUGUCAACAGUGACGUGACGUUUUUGGCUGAAAAAAUGACACCUUUGACAAUGAUAGAUCGAUAUCGUAUCGCAGUGACAUCUUAUAAGCAUUGUGCAAAUUAGGCUGUGUGUCAUAAUA